AUGAAUAUUGUGCUUAUCCCGAAGAAGUCUAAACCCGAAAGCAUGAGUGAUCUAAGACCAAUUGCUUUGUGUAAUGUGGCUUAUAAGAUUGUUUCUAAGGUGUUGGCCAAUCAGUUGAAAGUUGUUCUUCCUAGUGUUAUUUCUGAAACUCAAAGCGCCUUCUUACCCGGAAGGCUGAUAACUGACAAUAUCUUAAUCUCUUUCGAGAUGAUGCAUUAUUUGAAAAGGAAGCAAAUGGGGAGGGAUGGGUUUAUGGCACUUAAGUUGGACAUGAGCAAGGCUUAUGAUCGGGUGGAGUGGGGCUUUUUACAGGCUAUGUUGAGGAGAUUGGGAUUUGAUAAGCAUGUGGGUGAUCCCCUUUCACCCUAUCUUUUCCUUCUAUGUACAGAAGUAUUCUCGGCUUUGAUAAGAGACUAUGAACGGUUGGGAAAGAUUCGGCGGUGCAAGGUUGCUCGAGGAGCUCCUGUGUUAUCUCACAUGUUCUUUGUUGAUGACUGUUAUGUGUUCUGUAAAGCCUCUGAGGAUAGUGCUAUUAACAUGAUAGAAAUAUUAUAUACCUUUCAAAAGGCCUCAGGACAACAAGUCAAUAUACAGAAGUCCUCUAUAUUUUUCAGCGCUAAUAUUGUCAAUGAGGUGAGGCAACAUUUGUGUUUUAUGUUGGGAGUGAAUGAGGCAGGUGAUGAUAGCACAUAUUUGGGUUUGCCAAAUAUUGUGGGUCGUAAUAAAACGGCCUUACUUGGGUUCUUGAAGGAUAAAAUGCGUAAAAAGAUUCAAGGUUGGGAAGAAAGAUUGCUUUCUAGAGCAAGGAAGGAGUUGCUAAUAAAAAUUGUGGCUCAAUCUCUUCCUAGUUAUGCAAUGAAUGUGUUUUUGCUACCUGUGGAAACUUCCAAUGAGAUGGAGCAAUUGAUGUGUAAGUUUUGGUGGCGAUCGUCGAAGAACAACAAAGGGAUCCAUUGGAAAAAAUUGUUUAGUCAUCCGGACUCACUUGUCAGCAAGAUUUUUAAAGCUAGGUACUACCGUAAUGGUACCUUCUUAAAUGCUGAGUUGGGGAGCAAUCCAAAUUUUGUGUGGCGAAGUAUUUAUGAAACUCAAGAGAUCGUUCGAAAAGGGACGAGAUGCAGAGUUGGUGAUGGUUCUCGAAUUAAUUUAGUGUUGGAUCCGUGGCUGCCGAAUGAAGAUAAUCCAAGAGUAACUUCAAAUAAUCCUGCUCUUAUUGAUCAAAAUGUUAAAGCACUUAUGGAAACUGAUACUUUGGCUUGGGAUGUUGACUUGGUGCAUGAUACGUUUAAUGAAAGGGAUGCUAACUUAAUUCUUAGUAUUUCCUUGUCUUCAAGUCGUUUGUGUGAUGUUUGGUAUUGGAGUUUGGAGAGCUCGGGCCAUUUCUCAGUAAAAUCGGUUUAUAAAUUCUUACAAUUGAGCAAAGAGUUGGGUGCACAUGAUGAUAAUUCCGUCUUUUGGAAUACUCUUUGGAAGCUAAGUGUUCCUCCGAAAGUGAAAGACUUGUUAUGGCGUGCUGCUACUAACUGGCCGGCCCUGACUGUUGCGAGUGUUGCUCACUUAGCUCAAGCUUUACUCCCAGAUUGGACUCGGGCGCAAGAUUCAACAUUUAAUCCUACGGCUGCAUUCCUUACUGAUGUCGAUGGUGCUGAAACUUGGGCCAAACCAGCAGAAAAUACCUUGGGUGUUGCAACCCGAAAUGGUGGAAGCUUGGGUAUUAAGGAGGCACUGAGUUGGGUUAAACAGAAAGAUUUGAGGAAGGUUGUCAUUGAAACUGAUAGUCUUACUGUGGUGCAAGCGUUACGUAGCUCUAUUCCUAUGGUUUCACACUUUGGGAGUAUUAUUUCUGAUUGUAAGAUGCUACUAAAUGACUUGCGAGAUGUUUAUAUCAAUUUUAUUAGACGUUCUGCAAAUAAUGUUGCUCAUUUCUUAGCUCGAGUAUCCUAUUUAGUUGCUGAUCGUAUUAUCAGAGUCGUGAUGUUACUCCAGAUUUUAAUCAUGUAA